CCAGCGCUUAUGGCGGCUUUCGGGACUCAGGCAGUGGGUGCCGGCUGGCUCUCGGCUUAGGAGGACGCUCUCCUCGGUCAAGGGUCAGCUGAGAACAGAAUCAGAAGCAAUGCUUCGAAAGCAAAUAUGCCAGGUUGUUCUCGAUCAUUUUGAGAAGCAAUACUCCAAGGAACUGGGAGAAGCAUGGAACUCAGUCAGGGAAGUACUUACAACACCCCAGUGGUGGCAGUACGCCGUCCUCCUUAAUAAAUUCAAUUUUUCCUCUGCAGUGGAGAAUGAUUUACUUUCGAAGGGCUAUCGCCUCCUUUUCCCAAGAACCUCGCCCUCUUUUCUGCAGUCACUCAAGUGCUACAUCACUAGCACACCUGGUAGAUUCCCUGCUCAGAAACACAGAGCUGGUAAACUGAAGGAAUAUUACUUGCUGAAUGCCGCGUCGGUGCUGGCAGUGUUGGCUCUGAAAGUAGAGAAGGGAGAGAAGGUUUUGGAUAUGUGUGCUGCACCAGGGGGUAAAUCAAUAGCAACACUUCAGUAUGCUUUGCCAGGCCUCCUACAUUGCAAUGAAUAUGAUUAUUUGAGAUCCUGCUGGCUGAAGCAGACGCUAGAAUCCUUCAUCCCAGAAUCACAGAUGAGCCUAGUCACUGUUUCUCAGUUGGAUGGAAGACAAAUUGGGAACUUGCAGCUUGGUGGAUUCGACAAGGUCCUCGUGGAUGCUCCAUGCUCAAAUGAUAGAAGUUGGUUAUUCUCUUCUGAUUCCCAACGGGCUACCCUGCGAUUAGCACAAAGGAAGGUAUUAUCUGCUGUACAGACACAGCUACUGAGGUCUGCAAUCAAAGUUUUGCGUCCAGGAGGGUCUCUGGUUUAUUCUACAUGUACUCUUUCUAAGGCAGAGAACAGUGAUGUCAUAACAAACAUUCUCGACUCCUGUAGCAAUGUUCAGCCCAUGGACAUGCAAGCCUUGGCCAGUUCUGCAUCCCAGGAAUUCGCUUUGGCUUCAGGUGUUCAGCAGCAUGAACUUCUAGUACUUCCGGAAAAGGGGAAAGCAUGGGGACCAAUGUAUAUAUCUAAAUUAAAGAAAAUAUGAUGAACACAA